UAUGGAAGAAGGAACUGUCACAAGUGCCCACUUCUGACCUCCUUGGAGUCUGGAGAAUGGACAUCUCUGAGGGCAAAGAAGAAGGCUGGGGAUGCUGAGGCAGCAAAGAGGGCUCAGAACAGGUCAAAGAACACCACAGCAAGAAGCAAAUUAAGAAGAGGCAAAGCUGCUCCUAAGAGCCAAACCCAUCUCUUACCAGCAGUGAAGGACAUAAACUUGCCUCGAGAUUCAGGUCCAAAGGAACAAACAUUGGUGCACAAAGAGGAUGGUGAUGCUGCAGCCUGUAGUGGUGAAACUGCAGAAGGGGAUGGAAGGAGAAGCCCUUUGCCUGCCAGCCAGCUGAGCACAGCAGCCACUGAGUGUAGCCAGAUGUCUCCAACAGUAAAUACUGCAAGUGACUGUUCCCAGACCACACUGCCCUUGCUGCCUGCUGCACAGCCAGGGCCCUGCUCCUCACCCCCUCCAGGCUCAGCAGGGCCGAGGCUGCGCGUGGCCGAGCUGGUGUUGGAGAGGAUGCAGCAGUUCAAGAGAGUGGCACCCGAGCAGCUGAGGCUCUGCACCCCUGGGAGUGUGCCACAGGCUGCAGCCAGCAGGGAUCUCCCUCCUGGGAGCCAGGAGCACAACUCUCCAGAGAAUGAUGUCUUCCAUCUCCCAUCUGUUGAACAUGAUGGUGCUCUGGCCUUGGCUCUGCAGCAGGAAAGCAAAGAGGAAGCCCUGGCAAGCCUGGAGGAUGCAGGUUUGUUCUUUUGUCAGAUCUGCCAGAAGGAUCUCUCGGCCAUGAACACAACGCGACGAGAGCAGCAUGUCAACAGGUGUCUGGAUGAGAUGGAAGAGGCACAGAUGUCAUCCUCCAGCAAACCAGUGGUCCCCGAAUGUCCCAUCUGUGGGAAGCAGUUCCAAACCCCACAGAGCAGAGUCAGUCACCUGAAACGCUGUGCUGUGGAGAUGGAGGUUCCUCCCAACCUACUUCUGCAGGCAGUGCAGUUGCAGGUGUCCACGCUUGGUGAUGCACCUCUUCAGUGUCCCAGCACUCAGCCCAGCAGGGCGAAGCGAAAAGGCUCCUCCAACGAGGACUCGAGGAAAACACAGAAGAGGGCCAAAAUGGAGCCUAAGGAUGAAGAUUUGCAGGUUGCCAUGGCAAUGUCACGCUCGCUGUUGGAGCAAGAAAAGCAGGAACAAGCAAAAUCACUUGCAAAUGUGAAACCAGUGGCUGCUUUCCCAAUCAAAUGGAAGCCAGGCUCAGAGAAGAAGCGGCGCAGGAGAGGCCCCACGGCCCCUCCACCACUGCUGCUGCAGGACCCGGAGAAGGUGCGCAAAAGGAUCCAGGAGAGAGUAGCCAUGCUGCUUGCAGAAGAGGUGGAAUUCCCUCCCACCCCUCAGCUUCCCACUAGUAGGAUUUUGGAGGAUGAAUCUGGGAAAGCCACCUGGCUCCUGCCAUUGUCCAAAGCCAAAGAAAGUUUUCUGUGGAAGAUCAGUGCUCUGACAGAACCCUAUGACACCGAGACAUUCUACACUGCAGCACUGACCCCUCCAAUUGUGCCUUGGAAGCCUGUGCAGAGUGAUAAGCCAGAGAACCCUCUGCCAUCGGUGGGAUCUGACCAGCCAGCAGCAUCCCAGCAAAUUCAGCCUGACCUCAGCUCUCAGGAGCACACUGGCACAGAAGUUGGAGGCCAAACUUGUACUGAAUCCAAGUCAGGCCCCGAAAGAGAUGGGCAGUUUUUAUCCCCCAGCCAGAAGGAUGUUCAGACCCUGCAGGACCUGGUUGAGUUGGCCAAGGAAGGACUUACUCUUACUCAGUGGUACAUUGAUACUGGCCAUGCUCAGGCAGCAGAGCAACCUGGAGAAGAACUGACUCCCAGUGAUCCUCCACAUAGUGGCUUUGUGCCCCCAUCCAAAGAGAAGAGCCUCCUCAGGAGCAUCAAUAAAAGAUCCUCUCUUAGGUUGCUGGCUGAAGAUUUCAGUGCAAUGGUCAACAACCCCCACCUGAGUGAUGUCCAGUUCCAGGUGGACUCUGGGGAUGUCCUUUAUGCCCACCUGUUCGUGCUAUAUGCAAGGUGUCCACAAGCUGUUGAGGCUGUUCACAGCGAGGGGUUCCUGGUGGAGGAGGAGGGCAGUGUGCGGACGCGCCGCGUGCUGCUGAGCGACAUGAGGGCCGAGGCCGUGUGCGCCUUCCUGCGCUACCUCUACACUGCAGACAGCCGCGUCCCUGCGGCACUGCGGCCCCAGGUGGGGGCUCUGGCUGCCAGGUUUGGUGUGAGGGAACUGAUGGCACAGUGUGAAAACAGCACUGGAGAGGGUCAGGUGUCUUCUGGAGUGGAUUCAGAAGAUGAUCUUAUCUCUGUGAGGGAUGAUGAAGAUUGUGAGGACAGAGCUGAGAACUUCCAAGACCUCUUGAAGUCAGUGUGGGUGGGUGAAGAUGAGGAAGAUGAAGCUCUGCUGACCCCUGAAUGCCAGAAGGAAGAUGACAUUCUGGUGGGUGAACAGGAGCUGGAGGAAAUCUAUGAGUUUGCUGCAACUCAGAGAAAGAUGGCUCAGGGUGUGAGGGAGGUGAGCAAGGGAACAGACUGCAGCAUCUGCAAUGACACUGAGGCAGCCCAAGGUACAAACCAGCAGCCUCAGGAGGAAGAGGUAAAGAGACCUGAAUCUGCUUCAAUAAACAACACCUUCCAAGAUCUGAGGGAUGGCCAUGAUGUGGAAAGGUCUAAAUGUGACUUGUCUGCACCAGAAGAGAAAAUGCAGAAUAUAAAUAGCUGCAGGAGCGUGAAGGACCCACAGACCACCAUUGUGUCUCACCACAGUGAGCCUCAGGAAUGGGACAGAGCAUCCCAAGGUGCCACCACUAGUGAAGGAGAGGCUGUUAGGGGAUGUGAAGGUGUGAAGGAUUCCAAGUCAUCUCAGGCCUCACAUGAUGAGGGAGGUCACUGUGAAAAACAGCUUCCCGGUUUCCAGGGUGAGACCAGUAUAAAUGACUGUUACGAGCACUUGUUUUCUGCUACUCAGGGGGAUCACUGGGAGCCUUCCCUGGUGGAAGAAGUUACCAAAGAAUCAGGCAAGUCCCCAGGUGAAAAACACGUUGAUCUUAAUGAUUCACUUCAGUUCUGCAAGUCACAAAAAGACUGUUCUCCACACAGGAAUGGUUUUUGUAGGAGUCCAACUCCCCAGCCUUAUGUGCCCCUUCUUCCUGUUGUUGGCUCUUCACCUGCAUCUCCAAAACCAGAGGAAAAGUUUGCCAGAGAACAUGUGUCAACACCAAAGCAAAGGAAAAAGGAAAAAUCAUUCUCACCUGAUGAAAUACCCUCCCAGAAAGCCAAGGAGCUGGAUGCUGCACCAAGAAAUGAGAACACAGUCUCUUCAGCAGAGCUUCCCCACACGGAUUUAAAUGAGGGCACACCUGUCCCAGUGUUGGCAUCACCAGGCAGGACUCAGGGGAACAAGGAGGGUGAUGUUAUUGUUUUAUCUUCUGAUGAUGAAAUGGAGUUACAACAAGACAAGAGGUCACCAGAGUCAGACUCUGCUCUGAAGAAAAUGGAAGUCUCUGGGCAACUGAUGUGUACAGACACAGAACAAGGUCCUGAGACACCAAAACCUGAACAAAACUCAUCAGUCCCUGAAACAGAGCAGAGAUCAGCCCAGGUCUUGUGUGGCAAUACAGACACAGAGCAUGGAAGUAAUGGUGUAAAGUUGUCCCCCAAAUUGCCUCUCAGCAGACACACAGGUGCUUGUACAGAAAGCAAACAGAGUCCAAACGUGAGCCCUGAGAAGAGGCUCAGUCCCGAAAUGUCUGCAGGUUCAGACAGCUCCUGGCUCGUGCCAGACACACCUGUUCUCAGCAAAAGCAGAAAUUCCUCAACACAAACUCAGGUCACAAGUAUUUAUUCUUUAAAGAGUUCAGGAUCUAAACUCAGCACAAAGAACUUAGCAGAAGGAAAUAGUAACCAUGAAAUGACUGGAAAUUUAAUAAAAGUUCAUGAACAAACAUCAUCAGACAAACAUUUGCCUAUGGAGAAUUCAGUCACUGAAAGAAGCCCUUGCAGCAGCCCAGCAGCAGGAUCUUUUUCCAAGGACUCCCCACCAGUUUCUCCAGUGGAUCCAGUUCUCUUCUCCCCUGGCCACAGCAACACAAAAAGCAAAUGUGCCAAGACCUCAGUUUUAUCCAAACCUGUGUCUCCGUGCCAGGAGCAGCCACUGGAAGGUAAAACAGACAUCAGUGUGGUUGAGGUGGACAGUGAAAGGGACAUCAGUCUGCCCUCUCUGGGUAGCAGUGUCCUGCUUUGUGAGGAGCCCCCAGUCCCCAUGGAUGACUGCUGGCAUGUUGAGUGUCUGUCACCAGUCAGAGGUGACACCCAGGUCUGCAGCCAGGUCAGCCACGCGAAGACCAGCACAGCCAGCAGCCCCAGCCCUGGCUCUUGGCAGGACCAGUGGGAGAGCCCAGGCCAUGCACAGGAAAUUAAGGGCAGCACCCCUCUUCAGGAAGGUCCUGCUGGCAGGAGAGCUACUUUGCUCUGCCCUGAGAAGAGCCCUAUUGAGGCAUGUUCAUCAGUGGGACCCAGCUACCUGAACUCCAAAAUCUGGGAUGAAUGGAAUGGAGAAGAGAAGGAAGAUGAAUUUCCAGAGGUGCUUCCUCUGUCUCAGAGGUUGGCAGCUGCAUCAGGUGCCUGUCAGACAGAUCCUGUCAAGACUCCUGGACCUUCCUGUCAGGAGAACAACAGGUCCCCCAGCACCCCAGUGACCCCAAUGCCAGCUUACUCCAUCAUGGAGACCCCCCAGCUGAAGAAAGAGUUGAGCAGAUUUGGAGUCCGUGCACUCCCCAAACGCCAGAUGGUGUUGAAGCUGAAGGAGAUAUUCCAGUACACUCACCGGGACACGGACUCUGACUUCGAGGAUGAAAUCCCACGUUCCCAGCCUCCCCCAAGGAAGGCCCUGGCCAAAGAGCCAAGGCAGCCACGGGCAGCCCGGGCUGCAGGCAGGAAGCACACUGCUGCCUCCAGGGCUGGGGGCAAGAGGAAGCAGAUUGCUGCAGCUGCUUCAGUGCUCCCUAUGGAUCAGGCUGAUGAUGGAUCCCAUGAAACAGGCAGUGCAGCACCCAAGGAGGGAACUAAAGUGACACAUCACGCAGAAGAAGCCAAAGAGCAGAAAAGGCCAUCUCCAGAGAGAGGGUCCCUGGCAGCUGAUGGCAAGGAGCCAAUGCUCUCGGCAUCUCAGGGGUCAACAGUUUCUUCGGAGGAUGGGAGUGACAUCUCCUUUGGUUCACAGAGUUCUCUUGUGAAUGGAUUUGAAGACUGUGCUUUUGCAUCUGAGGAGGAGGAAGAGGACUUUUCAGCAUCUCAAGCAGCAGCUCGGGAAGAAGAAAAACUGGAGGCAGUGAGGUGCUACAUCCGUUCAAACACAGCCCUGUACAACAGAAUUCUCUUUUAUGAGCCGAUCGAGCUGGCUGAUCUGCACACGGAGCUCAAACAGAAUGGCAUCAAAAUCUCCAAGGCAAAGCUGCUGGACUUCUUAGAUGCUCAGUCUAUCACGUUUACCACGGCCAGAGCCCGGAGAGAGAAGGAGCAGAAGAGAAAGGGGAACAAAAAGCAGAGGAGGCGAUACCGAGUGAAGCCCACUCCUCCCUCCUGA